UCCGCGACCGCUGCCUCUGCUUCCGGUGGAUCCGGUUCCGGUUUCAAGAGCAAGGAAUACAUCGAGUCGGACGAUUCUUCGUCUGACGACGAUUCUCCCAAGAAAGGAAAGAAGUCCAAGAAGAGUGAGAACGAAGAUUCUGGCUCCGCAUCGUCAGACUCUGGUGGCGACAGUGACUGAAAUUCCUUUUGAAAACCACACUUUUUUUUUUGUAAAGCCCACUUGUAAUUUUUUCGGUUGGGAGGAAAAAAAAUGUCAAAUGCGAAUUUUUCUCCAGCAAAAA